AUGUUGAGAAGAUACAGUACUCCAAUCUUAAAGCCAUAUUGGCCAUUCUUCCUCGGUGGUGCCAUAGUAUACUAUGGGAUGAGUAAGUUCACAACGAAAGUUAUGGACUCCGAUGAGUAUAUCAAUGACCCAAGACAUCCCAGAUUCAACAAAGGCGGCAAACUUGUAGAUUUGAAUGCCAAAUCAAAUCCAUAA